UCUGCUUUGCCUUGUGCUUUGCCUUGUGCUUUGCCUUAUGCUUGCCCGUUCUCACAGGUGUCCCAGGCCCCACACAGAGCCUGUGGCCCUGUGGGGUUUUGCUCAUUUAUUCCCCUCAUCCUGGCAGUAAGGUUGUGAAAAGAGCAGGGCUUGGGUGUGUGAGUUGCUCUGAAAAUCCCCCUUGCCCUGGGACCCAUCUUCAGGGGGUCUGAUUCUCUGUUCUGUUGGAAAUCGUGGAAUCCCAGACUGGUUUGGACUGGGAGGGGCCUUAAAGACCAUCCUGUUCCCACAGCUCCAUGGGCAGGGACACCUUCCACUGGCCCAGGCUGCUCCAAUCUGGUGUUAAACACUUGCAGGGACGCGGUAGCCACAGCUUCUCUGGGCUUCCAGUGCCAGUACCAGUGCCAGUGCCAGUGCCAGUGCCAGUGCCAGUGCCAGUGCCAGUGCCAAUGCCAACAAAUUUUGCAUUUCUUUCCAGGGCUGAUUUCCUAAAUAAGAAGUGUCAGGGCUAAACUUUUACAAUUUUUACACCUUUUGAUCUCCAGUUGUCAUAAAAAAAAAGCAGCCUUGGCUUAGCAGCCUGGUCAUUGUUGGGAUGAGCUUGGAAAAGGCGUUUGCCAAUGGCUCCUUCUAUCAGCCUUCAGCUUUCCUCAUGAUGGGCAUCCCGGGCCUGGAAGCCCUUCACCCCUGGAUCUCCAUCCCCUUCUGUGCCCUCUACCUUUCUGCCCUCCUGGGGAACUGCGUGAUCCUGUUCAUCAUCAGGAGGACCCCGAGUCUCCACGAGCCCAUGUAUUAUUUCCUGUCCAUGCUGGCCAUCACCGACCUGGGCCUGGCCCUCUGCACCCUGCCCACCACGCUGGGCCUCUUCUGGUUUGGCGUGCGCAGCAUUGGCUUCGACGCCUGCCUCACUCAGAUGUACUUCAUCCACAUCCUGUCCUUCAUCGAGUCCUCCGUGCUCCUGGCCAUGGCCUUCGACCGCUUCAUCGCCAUCUCCCACCCGCUGAGGCACCCGGCCAUCCUGACCACGAGCACGGUGCUGAAGAUAGGCCUGGCCAUCGUGCUCAGGGGGGUGCUCUCGCUGCUGCCCAUCCCCUUCCUGCUCAAGAGGCUGAGCUACUGCGGCAGGACCGAGCUGUCCCACUCCUUCUGCUUCCACCCCGACAUCAUGAACCUGGCCUGCGCAGAUAUCAAGGUCAACGUCUUCUACGGCAUGAUCAUUCUCUUGUCCACGGUGGGGACGGACUUCGUCUUCAUCGUGCUGUCCUACAUCCUCAUCAUCAGGACCGUCGUCAGCCUCACCACCAAGGAGGAGUGCCUGAAGGCUCUGAACACCUGUGUCUCGCACAUCUGCGCUGUGCUGGUGUUCUUCAUCCCCAUGAUCGGGCUGUCCAUGAUCCAUCGCUUCGGCAGGAACGUUCCUCCCCUCGUUAACACCCUGGUGGCCUACACCUACCUCAUCAUCCCCCCCGCCCUCAACCCCGUCAUCUACAGCAUCAAAUCCACCCACAUCCGCGAGGCUCUGCUCAGGGCCCUGUGCAGGAAGCGUGCCCCUGACUGCUAGCUUCCUCCUGCAGCUCUGCCAGAGUGCUGAGGGA